AUGAGCAACUGUAAACCGGUUAAAACUCCCAUUGAGGAGGGCUUUCCAGGCGAGGAUGUCUUGAAGGAAAAAUUAAUAACCGAUAAGCCUUUUAAGGAAUUAAUUGGUUGUCUUAUGUAUUUGAUGAACACAUCAAGACCUGAUCUGUCUUUGUCUGUUAAUAAGUUAAGCAGGUUUCAAAGAUGUCCCACGGAAAGUCUCUGGAAAGGAGUCAAGCGAAUUUUACGAUAUCUGCAAAGCACUGUUGACUUAGCCCUGUUAUAUCCUAAGAAUUCUAAAUUGAAAGAGCAAUUGGUUGGGUUUGCGGAUGCGGACUGGGCUGGCGAUACGUUUGACCGAAAAUCAACGUCAGGAUUUAUGGUAAAACUUUUUGGAGCUACUGUUACCUGGACAACUAGAAAGCAAAAUACAGUUGCUUUAUCCUCCACGGAAGCGGAACUUGUGUCACUUUGUGAACUAAUUUGUGAUUUACUUUGGAUUGUAAGAAUUCUAUUAGAUUUAGAUUUAGUAAUUGAUUUUCCGAUCACACUGUUUGAAGACAAUCAGUCUUGUAUACGCGCUGCAUUAUCUAAUAAUUUCAAUAAGCGACUAAAACAUGUGGAUGUUAAAUAUCAUUUCAUUUGUGAUCUAAUUAAAAAAAAGGAAAUUUUUGAAGUUAAAUAUCUCUCGACCAAUGCUCAAACAGCUGAUAUAUUAACCAAGCCACUUGGUGGAACAAAGUUUUGUAUUUUCAGAGAGAGCUUAGGAUUAAGUUUAAUUGAUUAA